AGCUCCGCAGCGUGACGUGACAUCAGCUGACUGCGGUCAACAGCGGAAAGAGACUAAAAUCCUCCGUCGACCCUCAUUUCGGUGAUUUUUCCCGGUUCUAGUUGCUCCGUCCUCCGCUCCUCUGAUCCGACAUGGCGAGUCAGUCUCAGGGCAUCCAGCAGCUGCUGCAGGCCGAGAAGAGAGCCGCCGAGAAGGUGGCCGAAGCCCGCAAGCGUAAGAACCGUCGUCUGAAGCAGGCGAAGGAAGAAGCUCAGGCUGAGAUCGAACAGUAUCGACUACAGAGAGAGAAAGAGUUCAAGACCAAAGAGGCUGCUGCCCUCGGUUCCCAUGGCAACAGCGCGGUCGAAGUCGACCGCGACACCGUCGAGCGAAUGGCUCGCAUCCAGACCAGUUAUCGCGGUAACCGGGAGGCGGUGCUUGUCGAGUUGCUGCGACGCGUCUGCGACAUUCAGCCUGAGUUUCACGCCAACUACCGCGUGGCGGGCUGAGGAGGCGGAGCCACGAAUAUCCGACAAGGGCGGGGCAAACAGAGGAGACUUGGACGUUAGCAACAUUAGCUUCAAUCUCAGCCAAAACAGUUUUGUUUAUGUGAAGUUUUAUUUUUUUUUUCAAAACUAAUUCAUCCAAAAUUUUCCCAAAAAACGAAAAGUUUUAUUUUGAAGGUGCGAAGUUCGUCUCUUCCUGUUUCCCUGCUCCAAGCGAAGACGUUAAUAAAUGUUGUUACUGUGUUGAUGUUUACGAAAUAUUUAUAUAUCUCUCCUGAAUCUAACAAAAUAAAAGUCUUCUUCACUCUAUCUCCGUGAAGUUUGAGGGAGGAAAUCAGCCAAUCAGGUCUUUCUAAAUAAAAUCAUAAAUGAAAUCAGAUUUAAUGAGCUGAUUGGUUGUUUUCUCUGAAUUCUCUUUGUCUGGAGUCACGACUUUGCUGGAGGAAGUGAAAAGGCUUUUAUUGUGAAACUCAUGUAUUUCCACUUUUUUUUUUGGUUGUUUCCUGUGUGCGACCAUGUGACUUCCUGUUGUUGUGAUGACUUCCUGUUGAUGUUUGUGAAGUGAUGAGAAAUAAUAAAUAAAGAUCUUUGAAGAUGUUCCAGAGGUCCUCAAAGUUCCUGGAAGAUGUUCCUGGAAAGUCCUUGA